AGAGAGAUUAUGCUGGAAGGAAUCAUAAACUCUCCAGUUAGUAACAUGCAUACAAACGGUGGAGAGAACACUGACUGAGUCUGGCUGGAGAGUGAAGGUGACUGAGACAAAACGGAGCAAAGAUUGUGUCUUGUUAAUAAUAAUAAAAUAGUCCAUAACCCUACCAAGGAUAUUUCAAAUGUGUGUUCAGAAAAUGCUAAUGGUGAAGACUAGUUGUUUUGAAAAAUAACACACAGUUAACUUUAAUAUAGCCUAUAAUCACUGUACAACAAUUGACAACUAAGAAAUGAACAUUGGACUGGCUGUGUGUAGCAUCCACAUUUAAUUGCAAAGGUAUUCGUUUUUAAAUUAAUUUGCAUUAACUGAAACGGAUUUUUAAAGCUGUCAUUUGUGGAAUUCGUGUGUAGCCUAUUGGGGACAUUAGUGAUUAAAAUUGAAUUGGAACAGUACAUUGAUUUGGCUGGCUGGACUGUGCAGGAACAAAACAUACUUAUUGGUAUGGCAAAUACACUGCAUCGUCACAGGUUUGGAAAACUUGGAAGUUGCAUCAUCUUUAUGAAAUGUUAAGUGUUGAAGACACGGGACUUUCACAGUACCACCAAACGUGAGUGGAAGCUGGGCUUUACACUGGCGAGGAUGUUUCUGACUGGUAAAUCAAAUGCGAAAUAGUUUAUUUUAAAAUAUGUUUUAUUGUUUGAAUACUUUGGAUUAAUUGAACUUAUCCUAAGGGCAUGCACACCGAAUUUAGCUUACUGAAUAGAGGAAAGGAUGCAUGGGGUUAAUGAUGACUACACAUGAAUAAUGCUUAGGACUCGUACAGAAAGUUAAUGCCAUGGCUAAAUCUUGAAGUCUGAAGUGAAACUGGCGGAAAAAAAGUGAAAAGACAUCACAAUUACAAAAUUAGAAACUCUGAAACAGGCUGUCCCACGUGUUUUAAAUUCAAGCAGGUGAUUCACUUUGUAGAAUGUAGUUUUGGGAAAAAAAAAAAAAAAAAAAAAAAAAAAAAAAAAAAAACUAAUGAUCUCAUAUGGACACCCUUUGCAGCUCUGUUUAAAAGAAAAUACUUUCAAGUGAGAGAUACAAGAAACAACUUUAUAUGGAAUUUGGCUGAACGGACGUGAAGACUUUGGAUCAGUGUUCAUGUAACACUUUGGGAAUAUGAAUGAAACUUUUUUCCCCUGACUUUUUAAGUAUCCAUAACUUGGAAUCUGGGUGAUACUAAAUACAGAAGGAACUGCUUCCUGAAGCCGAUGAUAAUGGAAUGAAUUUAAAGACUGCAACAUCAGUAUUUAAAACAGUUCCGAAUCUACAUGACAAACUGUUGCAUCACUCCUUCAGAACAGUUUAAUCUCACUGUUAAUUCUCGCACAGGAAUGUCUGAACUUCUUGUUAGUGUUAGUUUUUUUUUUUUUUUUUUUUUUUAAUAUAUAUUUUUUGAAUGAAGCGGAUUUUUAUCUUGAAAUGUUUCAAAGCGCUAUUCUGUGAAGAUGACGUCCAAAAGGAUAUUUUAAACAAACGUGAGAUGCAAAAAUAUGUGUCUUAAAAUGAGGUAUUGACGUAUGCCUUUGGGACAACAGUUAAGUAGAAGGGACGUCACCAUUCAUCUCCUUUAAGGAAAACAAUAACAGCAGGUGUCUCCUAAUAAAGCAGCUACCUAAAGCCACCAACAUGCUCAUUUUGAGAUGAGAGUCUGCUUCAUGUGUUGAAACUGGACCCGUCUCCUCCUCUUCCUCCCCUUCAUCCUCCUCCUUCAGCCUCUUUUCUCAUCUCCAUCAGCCCCGUUGCCCACAUGCAGGCCAAAAAGAGGUACCUUCUAGUGUCUCUAGGAGCCUGUCUUCUACUGCUUGUCUAUCUGGGGGGAUUGCAGAUUAGAGAGUUCCAUCAACACCGCCACCACCUGCGCCACCUUAAGAAUCCAAGUGGUCAAGAUCAUCCAAGGCAGCGUUGGCCGCAGUGGAUUAACCCUUUAAGCACCUACCUGGAUAGUGAGGAGAAAGAUGAAGAUGGCACUGAACCACAGCUGCGGCAUGCCUCUCCCAGAGAGAGUAGGGAGAUCAGGGCCAAUGUAUACAAAAACAGGAAGUGCAGGAUGGACACCUGCUUUGACUUCAGCCUCUGCCAGAGGAGCGGCUUCAAGGUCUACAUCUACCCUCUGCAGAAGGGGGAGAAGAUUUCGGAGAGCUACCAAAAGAUUCUCACCACCAUAGAAGAGUCCAGAUUGUAUACCUCGGACCCAAGACAGGCUUGCAUGUUUGUCCUCAGCAUUGAUACAUUGGACAGAGACCAGCUUUCUGUUCAGUAUGUUCACAGCAUGAAAGCGAAAAUUCAAAGCCUUCCUCAGUGGAACAAUGGGAGGAACCAUCUCAUAUUUAAUCUGUAUUCAGGGACCUGGCCCGAUUACACAGAGGAUUUGGGUUUCGAUAUUGGGCAGGCGAUUUUGGCUAAGGCUAGCAUUGGCAUCGAUAAUUUUAGGCCAAACUUUGAUGUUUCGAUCCCUUUGUUUUCAAAGGACCACCCACAGAAAGGAGGUGAAAAGGGUUAUUUGACUUUCAAUAAUGUUCCUCCAUCAAGGAAAUAUUUAUUAGUUUUUAAAGGGAAAAGGUACCUGACUGGUAUUGGGUCGGAAACCAGGAAUGCUUUGUAUCACGUUCACAAUGGGGAGGAUAUUAUUUUAUUAACUACUUGCAAGCAUGGGAAGGACUGGGAGAAGCACAAGGAUACGAGGUGUGACAAAGAUAACGAUGAAUAUGCAAAGUUCGAUUAUCAAGAGCUGCUGCACAACUCCAGUUUCUGCCUAGUCCCCCGAGGUCGGAGGCUGGGUUCCUUUCGCUUUUUGGAAGCCCUGCAGGCUGCCUGUAUCCCUGUGUUAUUAAGCAAUGGCUGGGAACUGCCUUUCUCUGAGAUCAUCGACUGGAGUAAAGCAGCUGUCAUUGGAGAUGAGAGACUUUUAUUGCAGAUUCCUUCAAUAACUAGAUCUGUAGACCAUGACAAAAUAUUGGCACUCAGGCAGCAGACCCAAUUCCUCUGGGAUGCCUAUUUUUCAUCUGUCGAAAAAAUAGUCUCAACUACAUUAGAGAUAAUCCAAGAUCGAAUCUAUUCACACAUAUCAAGAAAUAAAUUAAUGUGGAAUUCCUUACCAGGGGGGCUGUACAUAUUGCCACAGUAUUCUACAAAUUCAGCAGAAUUUCCAUUUUAUUAUUCAGUGCUGGGUAAAAGCCCAUCCCAGGAGUUCACAGCUGUUAUCCAGGCCGUCACCCCUCUGAUGUCACAGUCCCAGCCUAUUGUCAAACUACUACUUGCUGUUGCCAAAUCCAAAUACUGCGCACAGAUAAUUGUGCUAUGGAACUGUGACAAGCCUUUACCUCUGAAAAACAAGUGGCCCUCCACCUCAGUGCCUAUAACAGUCAUUGAGGGAGAGAGUAAGACUAUGAGCAGUCGCUUUUUCCCCCAUGACAUUAUCCAGACAGAUGCAGUCCUGAGUUUGGAUGAAGACACCGUCUUAUCAACCAAUGAGGUUGACUUUUCCUUCAUUGUUUGGCACAGUUUCCCAGACCGCAUAGUUGGCUAUCCAGCUCGUAGUCAUUACUGGGACAACAGUAAAGGGCAAUGGGGAUACACCUCCAAAUGGACAAAUGAGUACUCCAUGGUUCUCACAGGAGCAUCAUUUAAUCACAGGUAUUAUCACUACCUGUACACUCACUACAUACCAACCAGCCUUCACAGUAUGGUUGACCGUAUGGCCAACUGUGAGGACAUCCUCAUGAAUUUCCUGGUGUCUGCAGUCACCAAACUCCCUCCCAUCAAAGUGACCCAGAAGAAGCAGUACAAGGAGACGAUGAUGCAGCAGGGCUCCACGACCUCACGUUGGGCUGACCCAGACCACUUUGCCCAGCGACAGACCUGCAUGAACUCCUUCAGCAGCUGGUUCGGGUUCAUGCCUCUGCUCCAUUCACAAAUGAGGCUGGACCCAGUCCUCUUCAAAGACCAGGUGUCCAUCCUGAGAAAGAAAUACAGGGACAUUGAGAGACUAUAAAAGAGGACUGGUUGAAUAUUCAGUAAAUCAAUGAAAGGACGUUUUCAAGCCAACGAAAGUCUGACAUCGUACAGACAGACUUGACUUAUAAAUCAUGGUUAUUAUGCAACACCAGGCUAUUUUACCUAUUCUUGCUGGGACUGUAAAGAAUCACAAUUUGUGGCAUCUUUUAACAUGUGCCAAUGAAUUAAACUUUUUAUUAUAGAUUAAACAUCAAUACCAAUAACCAUAUUUUAAUGAAGAGAGUCAGGAAUAUCGUGGACCUGUGGUGUCCAAUAAGGAACUCAUACAUCAAUAUGCAAUAUGUUCAUUUUGGGAGUGGACUUCAGUCCAAUGCUGCUAGACAGGCCUCUUUAGGAAAAAGAUUGUACAAGGGCAAGAUGACUUGAAACUGUCUUUAGUGUAACCAAGGAGAAAACAGUAGAUAUCAAUCACAU